AUGCCCGUCGUCAACGGCAAUGGCCCCGCAACCGGCACUCAGCCGCCAAGGGUUCGCGCGAGCAAGCUGGAAUUCAAGAGGCUCGAUCACCUGUACAACAAGGCAAUCCACGACUUUUACCUCGCCGAGAGCUCGAGGAAUUCGGACGAUAAGGAUGACAAGUGGGAGGAGUUUGUCUUCAUAGUGCGACGUCGCUUCGACUGGCAGAACAAAUUCCAGAAUACAGUCAUCGACAUCAAGAGUCCGGAAAUUACUGCGGUUCUGCGUGAGAUCCUGAAGGAUGUCGAGCGCGUCAGCCUCCACGAGGAGAAGCCUUCUAUUGACCCAAGCUUGCUCUUCAAUUACCACAAGGAUAUUAAAAAGGUCUUGGAGGAUGAGGAGGCGCUGCCCGCGGAAUCCCAGAAUAGGGCCAGGAUCGAGCACCUGACUCUGCUGAAUAAUUACAUCGAUGCCGAUUACGCUUCGGUUAAGCAGCGCCUCGACCCCCUGCUCGAGCACGGUGAGAUCACCUUCGACCUGCUGUGGGCAUUCUUCCUGCCAAACACUCUCUGCUACACAAAGUGCGGCGGCAGCACCGAGGCCAUGUGCCUCAAACUCGACUGGGUUUCGGAAAAGUGUAGCCCCGCCAGAGGCAAAUGCCUCAGCAUGGAAUGUCACUACGUCGAUUACGAUGGCAGGAAUUUUGGUGAAUGUAAGGCCAUAGUCGAGAUUCCCGAGUUUUUGGGUACCUGUCGCAUCGACAGCCUCCCCAUCUACCCUUUCGGUUACCAUCCGGACGUGGACUCGCUCAAGCAGAAGUUGGUGGCACGCGGACGCAAAUUCGGCACCCUGACGGGCAUGCAGUACAAGUAUUACAAGGGCCUUGCCUUCUUCAAGAAGAAGAACAGUCUGGUGCGCGUCACGGUCCAGUCACGCAUCAUGGUCGAUGCCCUCACUUUCAAACGCAUGAAUCCCAACUACAACUCGAAUCCGGUCAAGCCCGGUGCUGGGAGAUAUGGGGGAGGGGAUCCCGAGGACGAUCUGGACGACAUGGGUGUUCUGGACUUGACGGCGCCAAAUAGUAGUAGCGAGGGGCUCAUGUCGGAGGAGCAGCUGUUGAUGUGCUCGCCGACCGUUCUGGGCUUUUCCUUUGGCGACAAGAUGUGGGUCGAAUUCGCGAUCGACUCGAUCCACGAGAUCAUCUUCAACACCGGGGCUUUCGACAGCCUCGUACUUCCCGAAAGCCAGAAGUCGAUCGUUCGCGCACUGGUCGAGAACCACACCGGAAAGGGAAAGACGGAAAAGAAGCGCCCGGGAAUCGACGACAUCAUCCGGGGCAAGGGGCAGGGACUGGUCGCUGUUCUGCACGGACGACCCGGUGUCGGCAAGACGUUGACCGCCGAGGGUAUCUCGGAGUAUCUUCGGAAACCGCUGUACAUGGUGUCUGCUGGCGAGCUCGGAACCGACUCGCGCGAACUGGAGCAUCAGCUUUCGAGGAUCCUGGACAUCUGCUACGGCUGGGGAGCGGUGCUUCUGUUGGAUGAAGCGGAUGUGUUCUUGGAGCGCCGCAGCGUGCACGAGCUUCAACGGAAUGCCCUCGUCAGCAUCUUCUUGCGACUGCUCGAGUACUUCCAGGGCAUCAUGUUCCUGACCACCAACAGGGUUGAGACGUUCGAUGAGGCUUUCCAGUCGCGCAUCCACAUCGCACUCAAGUAUAAUGACCUUGAUCGCAAAGCGAAGCGCAUCAUCUGGGGUACCUUUCUGGACAUGAAGAAGAAGAAUGCGGAUAUCCAACUGCGCAAAAUCGUCACGGAGGCGGAGCUGGACGGCCUCGCGCGGCACAAACUCAACGGCCGCCAGAUCAAGAACGUCGUCCGGACCGCGCAGGCGCUGUCCAGCUCGAUGGAGGAGGCCCUGUCGAUGAAGCACCUUACGCGGGUCCUCGAGGUGACGCAGGAUUUUGAGCACGAUCUCAAGGGAACAGGGCAGAUCGAGAGCAUGAUGAGCUAUGCGUGA